CCCACACAGCACACAGUUUAUGUUCUAAACACACAGUCUCUCGCUCUGCACAUAGAUUCAAAAUCCAAACACAUUAAAAAAUUCAUAAAAAAAAAGCUUAUAUUAAUAAUCGAAAUACGCACACACCUAAACACGCGCACUAAGUCUGAGGAUGUUUUCGAUUAUGCGGAGCAAGAAAAGGGGUUCGAUUCAUCCGAGUUCGUCGUGUACAAGAUCCGAUGAUGUUGAUGAUGAAGGGCUUAGAUUAAUCCUCAAAAAACGAAAUUCGAAUAAUAUUUUGGUUAAUAAACCCAUUCUCUUGCACGAUCAAAUUUCGAAGCCUACUUGUGAUCAAUUAAAUUAUUGCUAUCUCAAAUCGUGUCAUCUUUGCCGCAAGCCUUUGAGUAUGGAUAAAGAUAUCUAUAUGUACAGUGAUUUGGGAUUUUGCAGCGUGGAAUGCAGAGUGAGGCAAAUUGAUCUGGACGAGACGAAGGAGAUUGAGAUGUCAGCCCAGAUGAUAUUAUCAACUUUGCGGCAGCGCAGCCGCCCCGACGGCGGCGGCGGACGGUGCGAAACCCGCCGGAUCUUGGAGGAUUUACGGAUGCGCCGCGGCGCUAUUACGGAGCAGGAGAGUCCGGUUAUUUUCUUGUAGAGCAAGCAGGAAUUUUUUCUUUUUGUUACUAAUAUUUUUCUCUUUCCAACUUUUUUCUUUUUCCUUUUUUUCUAUAUUUCUUUCCUUUCUUUUCUUUCUGGUUUGGGGACCCAUGUUUUGGGUUUGUGAGUUUUGGUGGCCUUUAAAUUUUUGUUCAUCUGUUACAAACUUACAAAACUUACAAACAUCUUUAUAUAUUCAAAAUUAGCAAAAUAAAGAAGAGAAUUUGUUUGUAUACACUUGAGUUGAUUUAUGAAAUUUUUGUAA